AUGACCUCCUUCUCAAACCGCAGCUUUGUGGCCUCUGGUGGAUCCAUGAGAAUGGGCUAUCCUCGCUAUUCCGGUGGUAGCAUGGGAGGUGGACAGAUCAGCUCCAUGAGGGCCGGCAGCGUGUACGGGGAUGCAGGUGGCUCCGGGGUGCGCAUCUCCAAUGCCUCUAACACUUACUCUGCUGGUGGUGGUUUUGGCAUGGGUGGUGGGGCUGGUGGCUUCAACGUGUCUGACUCUGUCGAUGUGAACGAGAACAAGAAAGCCACCAUGCAGAACCUGAACGACCGUCUGGCCACUUACCUGGACAAGGUCCGCUCCCUGGAGACGGCCAACGCUGAUCUGGAGCACAAGAUCUGCAUGUUCCUGGUGGCCAAGACCAAGACAGAAUUUCAUGACUGCACUGCCUUCAAGGUCACCAUCCAUGAGCUCCAAGACAGGAUCGUUGAUGCCACUCAUUUGAAUGGAGGAAUCCACCUGGCCAUUGACAACGCUAAGCUGGCCACAGAUGACUUUCAAGCAAAGUAUGAGAAUGAGCUGGCUAUGAGGCAGGCUGUGGAGGCCGACAUCAAUGGGCUGAGGAGGGUGCUGGACGAGCUGACCUUGGCCAGAUCUGACCUGGAGAUGCAGAUUGAGGGGCUUAGAGAGGAGUUGACCCACCUCAAGAUGAACCACGAGGAGGACCUCUUGGCCAUGCAUAAUCAGAUGAGCGGCCAGGUCAACGUGGAGGUGGACGCUGCACCACAGGAAGACCUCACCAAAGUCAUGGCUGAAAUCCGCGACCACUACGAGGCCGUCGCUAACAAGAACUGUAAAGAUCUGGAGGGCUGGUUCAAUGCCAAGUCAGAAGAAAUCAACAAUGUCGUGGCAGUCAGCACAGAGACCCUCCAAUCAUCCAGAUCUGAAAUCACUGAAGUUAAGCGCACACUGCAAAGUCUAGAAAUCGAACUCCAAUCCCAACUCAGCAUGAAAGCAUCCCUGGAAGGCACUCUGGCUGAUACACAGAGCCGCUAUGCCAAUAUGCUAGCCGGCUACCAGAGGCAGGUGACCAGCCUGGAGGACCAGCUUGGUCAUCUUCGUGCUGACCUGGACCGCCAGGGCCAACAGUACAGAAUGCUACUGGACAUCAAGACUAGGUUGGAGAUGGAGAUCGCUGAGUACAGGAGGCUGCUUGAUGGAGAGUUUUCCAGGUGA